GCAAGCUUGCAAGAACAAACCAAGCAAUCCGAGCUUUCUGAUUUCAAAAAUGACGAAAAGAAGUUGACUCAAAAAUGGAUCCACUAUCUCAAGGACAAAAAAACUAACUAUGAACAAAACCAACCAGAGACUAAACUUCAAACAGAAAUCAAUGGACUGUCCGACGAGGAAUUGAAUGCCCUGCAGUCUUUUUGCACCACUAAGAUAAACUUGAUCCAUCAAAGAGUAGACUCUAAAAAGAAGAGCAACAGACACAAAAAGCUGCAGUUUAGAUGCGAUCUAGAGCCUUCAGAAAUCAAUGCCUUAACAUGUACUGUUCCUGAUGAACUUUUAAACAGAAUGUAUUUUGAAAACGUGAGGACAACACUAAAACAGGUGGCAUCAGCAAAGCAACACAUUACUUCACAGUGUCCCAACUGUAUUAGGAAAAAAGCAGAGCUGGCUCAGUCUGCCUUCCUAAAGCAAAAGAAGACUUUACUGGAGUCAGUUCUCCUCCAAGAGAAAGUAGAUGAACAUAUUCAUACCACAGACUUUCUCACCCAUGUUGGAGAAGCACAUCAGGGUCUUCCCAGGCUUUCAGAUGACCCUAAAAUAAUCUGGAAAAGACUGAAAGAGAAAACUCAGACUGGAUACUCCUGUUUUGAAAGGUCAGAUACCAAGCAGAAGAUGUAGCAAGAUGGAAAUAGGACUUCAUUCACCUUAUUUCCUCUACCACUUCUCAAGUCUCUUACCCAAUCAAACAGAUGUGGAUGUGUGUAGAUAUUUCUGUUGUUUUUUAUUUAAGUAACUGGCAUUUCUUAGAAACUAAUAAGGAUUUUUUAUGCUAUCUUUCUAGAUUUGAGGACUAAGAACUUCCCAUCCAAUACGUUUUUCAGAUUACACAGGGCAACGCUGUAGUUGGAAUAAUUACAAAAACUUUUUACAACAAUAUAGGAGUGAUAUUGGUACUUUGGAUUAGGUUGUUGAUAGUACAGAGAGAAAGAAGUACAGAGAUGUAAGAGAUACUUAGGAAACAAUAAUUGUUUUGGUGAUUAAAUGGUAAUAGAGAUUUAAUAAAAGAUAAAUGUUAAAAGUGUUAAAAGUCUUACCGAGGUUUUGAUUUGUGUACCUGUUUGAUAAUUAAUUUCAUUAAGAUGGGACUACUAGAAUAAAACCAUGUUUGAUAGAGUAA